AUGCCGACAGGCCCUGAGGGGAGCAGGGAGAUGGAGGUGUCACAGCAGGAGCAUCGGGGAGCCCUGACACUCCCCUCCACGCACUAUAAGCCUGAAAGGACCAUAACACACCAGGUAGACCCAGCACCAGUGCUGAGGGAUUUAAGCUGCAGAAGCAGCAGCAGAAGCAGCAGGGGGCCCCGCAGAGGAGCUACGCGGGCUUUUGAUCAGAGCAGCAUGAAUUCAGAGCCGGAAGAGGAGGAGGAAGAUGAGGAGGAGGAAGAAGAAGAGGAGGAGGAGGAAGAGGAAGGGGGUUUGGAAGGUGGCGAUCUGGAGGAUGGCGCUGACGUGACUGGGAAAGAAACCUGCUCCGCUCUGAAAUAUUUUCAUGCUCCCAAAGUUGCCCAUCACAACCAAAGAGUGGCCUCUACCUCUAAUCCUCUCCCGGCUUCGGGGCACCAGCGGGGACAGCAGGGCAAGGAAGAACAGGGUAAAGACACUACUAAGCAGCCGUAUGCUAGUUCCCCGGCUGGACGGCAGAGCUGGCGGCUGGACGAGCAGCUCAAACAGAACGGCAACGUGACCUGGAGCGAUGAAGGCGAUGGAUGCCGAGGAAGAGAAAUUUCAAGAGACUUUGCCAAGCUCUAUGAACUGGACAGUGACCCUGAACGGAAAGAGUUCCUGGAUGACCUCUUCAUCUUCAUGCAGAAGAGGGGAACUCCCAUCAAUCGGAUCCCCAUCAUGGCAAAGCAGAUCCUGGAUCUCUACAUGCUCUACAAGCUGGUGACCGAGAAAGGAGGGCUGGUGGAAAUCAUCAACAAGAAGAUCUGGCGAGAGAUCACCAAAGGCCUUAAUCUGCCCACCUCCAUCACCAGUGCCGCCUUCACACUUCGAACCCAGUAUAUGAAGUACCUUUAUGCCUACGAAUGUGAGAAGAAAUCCCUCAGUUCUCCUGCUGAGCUCCAGGCUGCAAUCGAUGGCAACAGGCGGGAGGGCAGGCGGCCCAGCUGCUGCUCCUCUCUGUUCAGCUACUCACCCACCGCCACAGGCCCUCCUUCCCUCCUGUCUCCCCCAAAGAUCCGCUUCCCCAUCAUCGGCGUCGCGCCAGGCAGCGGGACCAGCAACCCUCGGGUGUCUCCAGCAGCAGCAGUCAGGAAAGGUGACGGUGUGCCCUUGACUGUGUCUAUGCCAAAUCGUAUUGCCGUGCCAGUGACCUUGGCUAGUCAGCAGGCAACGGUGGCAGCGAGAGAGGGGCAGCGGCUUGUGCAGCAGGCCCUUCAGCGCAACCUGGUCAGCAUGGCGCGGCAGAUCCCCAUGAAGAUCAAAAUCAAUGGCAAGGAAGAUAAACCAGACUCGGCGGCAGCGGCGGCGGCGGCGCUGAAUUUGUCACCUAACGGCAUCGGGAGUAUUAACAUGUCGGUGGAGAUUAACGGCACAAUUUAUGCUGGAGUGCUCUUUGCCCAGAAGCCAGUUGUCCAUCUCAUCACGGGCUCCAGCACCCAGAGUUCCUGCAGCAGCAGCAGCAGCUCCCACUGCUCUCCCAGCCCUACCUCAUCGCGGGGAACCCCCGGCGCAGAGCCCUCCACCAGCUGGUCUCUCUGA